AUGUCCCUCCUCAUCCACCUCACCCCCUUCCUCCUCCUCAUCCUCCUCUACCGUCUCUGCCCAGCCCACUUCCCGCCGUCAACAACAACAUCCAAGCUCUUCCUCCUCUACACGCUGUCAUGCCACCUCCUCGCCCACGGCACAUCGUCUUGGUCCCUCAUACAAGACUUCGCGCUCAUCGUAUUCGCCCACGUCCUCCUCGCAGCGAUAUACUUGCUACAUUACCUCGCCAAAUACGCAUGGUGCGUGAAACGGGUGCUUCUAUCACUUUACGCACAGGUUGCAAAGUCUGUCCAUCUUAGUGUACGGAAUCUUGCCACUCAUAUAGCUCAAUUUGAAGAGUCUUCCCAAGACAAGAAUCGAGAUAAAGACCAUCUCACCGAAACCGAGAUCGAUUUUGUGGUACAUCACUUUACAGACACCUCGGCUGAUCCUGUUGACGAUCUAAUUCCAUACUCGCUUCCGCCCGAGAAAAUACCCCGGCUUCGACAAGAUUGGACGUCCUCUGCACUCGCUUUCCUUCAUCUCCAUGAGAGCCCCUUUCGACUAUAUGAGUUUCCGCAACUCUUCAUGCUGUAUACCCUACGCUUCUAUAGCCUCUACCCACCGCUCCUCGACAUCGUCAUAUCCCUUUAUGAACAAAAAACUCUGGAUUUAUACAUCAUACGUAUCCGCCUUAUCCUCAUUAUCAGGCGCAAGCUCGAGCCAUUCUGUCGGAUGUCCUCCUACCUCGUAAUCCUCGGCAAUCUAUACGCCCCCGCCAUUGCCAUCUUCACCCUGCACUUCAUCUUCUGGACGAUAGUGCUGUCCAUCGGCGAGCUGUAUGCUCUCUUUGUGUGUUUACUCUUCAUAUUUUGGAUGCUCUCCAGGCUGAGAUAA